GGAACAAGUCGCACUAGUCGGAUUUGCAGCCAGAGAGAGAGACACAUCGAGAGAAUCCAAGCAGGACAGACGAGAAAUGAACUAUCUAAUGACUUGCCACAUCCGAGCACAUUCUCAAACACCCUGCAACCGAGACCCAUGAAUAAGGAUUGCAAUAUUUUUUUCCACCCUGGAAAAUCUGGCAAUAAUUUUGUCGGUCUCGGCACAUUUGUAAAUUUGUGUCCAUUUGAUAUGCUUGUUUUUUUAAUUUGCAUUGAUUAGUUUCGUUUAGCUAUCUUUGCGUUAAUUAUCCGGAUUGCUUGCUGCCCAACAUUUCGAGUGCAUGCGGAAUUAUUGGAAUCUCGGAGGCAAGCAGGAAAAUCCAAUUGGAGAACUAGAAGAGAGAAAGAGAAGCAGCGAGAUCUGUCCAGCAUCAACAUGUUCUUCUGAAGAGGCGAGGAAAAGCUCAUUCCCAAACCAUCAUCCAUCUACCAUCACAUUCCCGUCCUAAUUCGGGGGGAAAACAGAAUGAAGCGGGAGUGAAAAGGGAAUGGGAAAGAUAGGUCCAGUCUGAAAGCCGCGGGAAAAAACAAAACAAUAUAAGCACCACGAAAUAAUACUGGAAAAGUAAACUCUUGCAAGAAAAAUUGCAACAAAACGGCUGUGGGAAUUGAAAUUGCGGCGGAGUUUUGUCCACGAGCUACUUUUCCCUAAAGACAUUUUUUGUGGAAUUCUCUCCUUAAAUCCACACAGACUGCACCUUUGUUUAAUCUGUCCUCCUGUGUGUGUGUGUUUUAGUAGAUAUCCAUGCAGGCUCCCAAAACACGUUGUUCCAGAUCACACUGACGGAUUCACCUGAAGCACACACGCUUUGUUCCGAGUCCAGAGAUCUCCAACCUCUGGGAGAGUAUCCCACACAGCUUUGAUGGGAGUAAAUAGACGGAAUUCGGGAUUUCAAAUGGCGAGUCGGGGUUGUGAAAAUGGAUUGGGAAUUCUCCUGAUAUUCUUAGUGGAUUUACUCGGGAUCACGGCGUCCAACAUGGAGCCCAUCUACUGGAAUUCCUUGAACAAAAGGUUUAGCGAUGAUAAGGGUUAUGUCCUGUACCCUCAAAUCGGGGAUCGUCUGGACCUCAUUUGCCCAGCGUCUGAGCCGCCAGGUCCCCGGUCCCCCACCGAAUACGAGUACUAUAAACUGUACCUGGUGUCGUCACGGGAUCAGGCAGACAGGUGUGAAGUGACCGGAGCCCCCAACCUGCUUCUCACCUGCGAUAAGCCCAGCAGUGAUAUGCGUUUCACCAUCAAGUUUCAGGAGUACUCGCCCAACCUGUGGGGUCACGAAUUUAAAACCAAUCAGGACUACUUCAUCAUCG